CAAAAUGUGAAUUAUGUAUUCACAACAAUUCUCACUCUACACUGUACCUCAUCGAUGAUACAGGAAAUGACAAAAAUGGCAGAAAAUAUUCUCUCAAGUCACCAAAAACCAUUCUCACAUAUAUCUUCUCCUGCAAAAAAAAGCUUAUUUACAUAAUUUGGUCGAUAUCGGUGCAUGAAGAUUUUUCAAAAUCUCACACAUUUUGUUUUAAAAAAUUUAUGCAAGAAUGCGUAAAAAAUUCUGUUUUUCGACGCGGUAGUAGAUGUCGUUGUAAACGCAUUUUAAAGCUUCGUUCAACGUUCCAAAACACAUUCUAGAUAUUGCAACAGAUGUAAUACAUAUUUAAUAAUUAUACCUAUAUAAACUUUGUUAAUUUAUAUAAACAGUAUUAUACCUCAUGAGUGCAAUUAUCUUUUGUACAGAAACUUAUAACCACAUUUCGAACCUGCGUGCAAUACGUUGUAUUAUUUGCACGAACUUAAGAAAUUAUAUCAAAUAAUAAAUAAAAGUUUAGCGUUUCACGGUAAUCGAUAAUUUUCUGUACAGAUGUUUUAAACAUGCUAAUGAAUAUUAAUGUGUAAAGCAUAACUGUAGAGGGUGUAAAAGAGCAGACCUUAAUAAAGCGUCAUAGAAUUCCCCCUCUUAAAAACAUGUUAUGGAUGAAAACGCCUAUACAGUAGAAACGUAUGGCUUCUAAGUAUAGUUAGUAUAUUGUGGGUGAAGGUUAGGAGCAGUUAAGUGAUCAAACGUGGGUUAGGUGAAAAUAACACCUCCUGUCACAAUGUAGUGUGUAAUAAUGUUGUUGUGAUAUUAUAACAGCGAACAUAAUCAAUAUAGGCAUAAAUUUCAACAUCCGUGUAGCACCACGGUAUACAUGGAUGUUGCGAACGGACAAAAGCCCCUUGGUGGGCAACCUUCUGCCACUGGAGGUUCACCAAUGGAUAAGGGGAAAGAGUGGCAGAUGGAGUUGCUUAUGGAGAAGUUACGCUCUAAAGCCUCCUCCUUUAAAUCUUUGGUGGAAACGGCAAAAAAUUUACGUAUGGCUAUGUUGGAUAAAAGGUUCGCAAUCGAUAGUGCCGAAAAAAGUCAGCUACAAAAAUGUUUGGAUACUUUGCAACAUUCCAUAAAAGUAACAUCUUUGCAAUCUAUGGUGGAACGUUUGGAGAGUUUGACGAGGCAAUUAGGCUUAAAGUUUAUGAUGUCUGGUCCACCAGGUACUGAGUUGUUUAUCUCCUCAGAUAUGUUCUUUUUGGAAGUUCUUUUGGAACCAUCAGGUGUAGUUAAAGAUGUUAAAAUUCAUCAUGAAGGAAAGAAUGAGCAGCAGAGCUGUGAUGUAUUGGUGUCUUGCUUGUCACGUGGGGACUUCCUUGAUUUUACAGUACAAUUAGAAGGUUUAGCUUCAAUAUAUCAAUUAAAUGCAGAUAAGAAGGUCAAAUGUAAAGCAUUCAGUGCUUUACAGUCGUUAGAGGCUGAUCUGGGUAUUCUAGCUCAAUUGCAAACAUUUAUAAAGGAACCUUUUAACCUUGUUCAUAAAAGCCCAGUAGGAAUCCUCGAGCGAAGAAGAGGCGGUCAUGCGAUGAAACUGACAUAUUUUGUUUCUCCGUAUGAUCUGAUAGAUCAGGAGAAUCGUACCUGUGAUGCGCUGAGUUCAGAAAUAGUUAUUAAACGGAAGAUUGGUCAUUCCGUAACAGUUUGUAUGGAAGGUUCGACUGCUCAUAAGUUGCCUACAUCUAGUAUCAUAACUGUAAAUAGAAGUCCAACGGGAAAAAGUACCCCAUCUUAUGCUCCAUUAACUGGUACAAAUUCAUCUGUAUUGCCCGCUUGCUUCGUAUUGAAGCUUGCCAAGAAGAUGCCAAUGUGCAUGGAACUAGUGCGUAGAAUACAGAAAGUGACAGAGCUCGAAUGUGGAGAUAUAUCUGCUCCCCAUCCAUUACUUAGUUUAAUUAUUCAACAUGCUAGUGAGGGUCAAUUGGACUGUCGAAACAAUAGAGGACUUUAUGUCAGUCUACCAGACCAACAGCAUUGUUACUUCAUGACGGAGAAUAAAAACUUGGAGGGUGUGUUAGUGUGUAGCAUUCCUUUCACUCAUCCGGCACAUGUUCCACAAAUUUUGGUAUACUUACGACAGCAAGCGCUAUUCAAUACCUUGAUCAGUAGUUGCGUUAGACCCAUGGCUCGGCAAGAUCCGGAACACGCGACUAUAUUCGAAGUGAGCGCUUUAUCAUGGCAACACAUAUCGGUAAGUCUGGAGCAUCCUUUCGAGGAGACAAUGGCAACGGCGGAGCUCGACUUAACAGACAUUUCUGCACUAAAGUGUAAAUUGUAUGGCAUAAGCAUAACGAAUACAGAGCAGACGUCAGAUUUGACUGGAAAGGUUUUACAGAAGUGUCUGAGUAUACCUCUGACAAUGAGAAUUCUUAUGAAAUCAUGGGAAAGUCGCGACUCCUUAAACACGAUGAGUAACCUGAAUAGUGGAAAUGGAAAUUACAAUAUAAACCUCGGUUCCGGUAAAGACCAGAAUAAUCAAAAUGGUUCAGGAAUGCCUGAUUUCACUAAUGGAGAAGCGAAAAUCAAGCAAGAACCCGGUUUAAAUAACGGAAAUGGAACCAUGGGAAGGCAACAGUCAUCGCAACAACAGCAGCAGCAGCAGCAGCAACAACAACAACAACAACAGCAGCAGUCUUUUUUAGAUGCCGGAACGGAGAAUAGUAUCGGUUUUCCGUCUUAUUCCGGCCAAUCCGAUACCACAACUGCUAUGCUGAAUCCUCUACAAUUGGGAGCGUUGCUUGGGCAAGCAAAAAACUCAUUAUCUAAUCCCAUAAACGAACGUUCAAAGAAAACGCGCAAGAGAAAAACUGCGGACGGUAUUUGGCGGAGUCCCAAACGGAAAGGAGACGAGACCGCAGAAAUAUUGUUAGAGAGCUCCAGUUCAGAUUCGACGCCUCUCGGUACACCAACCGGUGGCAGAGAAAAUUUGAAUGAAACGAGAACGUCCACGCCCACCUCGGCCACGAGUUUAACUAGCGGUUUAGAUUUUUCUAACUUAGAUCCCACCGAUAUUUUGGGAACGGACAAAAGUUCCGACUACGAUAUCGAUAACGAGAGCGAAAUAACGGAAGUCCACGAUUUGCAAGAUGUGGAAGAGCUGAUCAAACGAGACCGCAAAUCGAGGAAAAGGGAAGAGAAAAAGAGCCCCAUUAUAUUCGAAGAGAACAAAAGCUUAGUGCCGCCAUCAGUAAGUAUAACGCCAAUUUCAAGCAGUAGUUUGGGUCAAACUACGAACUAUAACUCUGUACUUACGGGGAUGGGUUUGGAAAGGAGGCCAGGAAUUGAAAUAAUACCGAUAGCGUCAUCGCCGCAGACCACUUUACCGAAUUCUAUCACUAUAACUCCGAUAGCUGGCCCAACACAGUCGAAAAGUCUAACGGACGAGCGUAGGGAACGGAAAAGUUCCAAGGGAAAGUCGACAGAGGAUAAGGGAAAGUUGGAAAAGAGACGUAAGCGCAAAAGAGAAGACAGUCCUAUGGGACCACCGCCGGAUAAGAUACCAUCCAAACAGGACCCACUGUCGAAACCGGUCUCUGUGAGCAUUAAACCGACCGAAUCACCACCGAACUUAAGCUCACGGCCAUCGUCACCAGCGACCACUUUACGAAAAUUUAGUCCGUCUCCGACGCAUACCAGUCCACUUGCUCUCGUAGGUAAGUCCAGUCCUACAUUGAAACAGUCAACAAACAAGCCAGUGCAAAGUCCAAAGCACUCUCCGGUCUACAGCAGUAGUCCCAAGCAUACGCCAGUACCUGCGAGUGUGAGCCCAAAGCACGGUACAUCGUCGCCGAAGCAUGGCAGUUCAGCCAGCACUGGAAAACCGAGUAUGUCUGCGCUGAAAUCCGCGGCCAACUCUCCGUCGAGUAAAACCACCGAUUCCGGACAAUCAAAGAUAAAGUCUUCCUCUUCGUCGUCGGGCAAAGACUCCAAUCGAGAGAAGGAGAGAAAGACAUCCUCGUUAGCCUUCGGUGGAUCGAGCGGUCAUCAGAGCCCGAAAACUAAGUCCUCCAGUGGUAAGUUAAAACAACUGGAAUUAAUUCCUAGCGGGGAAACGCAAUCCACGUUGCCUAGCAGUGGCGGUAGCACACCGCCAUCCGGCAGUUCGGAGCUCGGCAAGUCGGCGAUCGCUCAGCAACAGGCGAAAAACAGGAAAGGAUCGUUAAGCGCCGUGAUCGAUAAACUGAAGAACGCUCAACAUUGCACCGAAGACAGCGGCAACAGCGGGACGAAACCGUCUACUGGCGGAAGUGGUGCUUCUAGCGGCCAGAAGGAGAGAAGUGUUGGAAGCUCGUCGAACAAAACCGCGGAGGGAAAGUGCAUCAGCAAGAAUUCCUCGUUAGACACGAAGAAUCCUGCUGAGUACAUGGUGAAGCAUAGUUCCGAUGGGAUGAAAAUAACGAUCAAUAAAACUCGCACAAAGGACUCGAAGUCUGGCACCAAUCUGAAACUGUCUUCGUCCUCGGCAUCUGUGCCGACUGGGACGUCUUCUGGUUCGUCCACCUCGUCGACCUCCAUGUCAGGUAACGGUUCGCCCAAAACGCACACCGGCCUGAAGCCAGGAGUAAGUUCCGGUCCUGCAUCGAAGAAGCUUCCGUCUCAAACGUCCCCGAAGUUGUCUGGCUCUUCGUCUUCCGGCUCCGGCAGCAGUAGCGGAGGUAAAACAACCUUGUUAGGACAAAAAAUGCUGUCUGCGUUGAAGACUAUCUCCGGGUCGAAUUCCGGAAGCGGUAACGGUGCUGGGGGUAUCAAUGUAGGUGGCAGCGGUAACACCGGAUUGCUUUCCAAAGGCGUUAUGUCCUCAAAGACUUCUUCGAGUUCCCCAAAGACGGCUAGUUCCGGUGUGACGGAUCUCAGUCGAAACCGUGACAAGUCCCGGCUAUCGAAGUCCGGUGACAAAAGUAUAUUUCCCUCGAAAGGUAUCGGAGACACCAGGAAAUCGAGUCCUUCGGGGCUGCGGGAGGAAAGCGAGAGCGAACGAGCCUUCAAACUGUUGGCUGCUCACGCUUCCAUGACGAGCCUGUCGAAUUUGCCCAUUGUCGAAGGUCUGAUGAAGCAGUUAGAUACCAAAUUUCAGAUACCCAAAUUAUCCGCUAGAGCUAACACGGACUCCACCGACAAGAAAUCAGAUAAGCUCUCCAUGCUUCCCGACAGCGGGAAGACUCUGGACAAUCUUGCAGCGAAGCAAACGACGGAACAGGGAAAGCUACAAGCGUUAUCGAAUACCUCGUCAUCCGUAUCGAAGACGAGUUCGGAGGAUCAAUCCAGCCAGGGUAGACGGGAUCAUGUACAAACGAAGCCUGACAAUCUCUCGAUGACAAGCGCGACCUCGGUAAUUAACCUAGGCACAGAUAGCUCCGGUAGUCUCCUUCUUCCCGCUUUGUCCAGUGGCAGCACACAUGACAUGGACAUACCCACGAAUCUCUCGAUGCAGCCGAGCGAAAACGAGUCUCGCGAUACGUGCAAAGAGCCAUCAAUGAGUAGGAGUAACACGCAGUUUUUAAGUAGCAGCUUGAACUCCACCGCCACUGGGAAAGACGAGAACAGUGGCAGUGGUCCGGUAAUGGCCGUUCUACCAAAAGGUUCUGACGCGCAGUCUACUAGCAAACCCGUGUACCCUACCAUGAUGACGACAGGUACGAUAACGAGCGAGAACGUGACGAACACGGCGAGCUCUGGCAACGGAAACUCGGAGAGCUUGAACCUGAGUAUCAAGCCGGUGGAUGCCACCAUGACGAAGUACAAAUCCGAUGAGAAGAAGCAACAGCAGCAGUCGCAACAGCAGCCGCAACAGCAGCAGCAGAUGCAGCAACAACCAUCACAGUCGCAGUCGCAGCCGCAGCAGCAGCAACAAGUCCCGUCUUCCGGAGGCUCUUCGGGUUCAGCUUCAUUAUCGGUGGUGUCUUCAGAGGGUUCCUCAGGCGCGAUGAAAGCAACCGGUACAGAGAUACCAACGACCACGUCUCAGGAGGCUGCUGAGAUGUUGCUGGAUUUUUCCACGCCGAAAGAUGUGGCCAAGAGCCUGACCUUCACGAGCAUUCCCGAGAGGGCGAUGACCCAGGCGGCUUCGGUGCGCAGGAACACGCCACCACCUCCUCCUCCUGCCUUCCCAGCCAGUCCUUCCGUCAGUGUGCACAUCGUCAAGAGUCCUGCACCCUCGCCAAGGGUUAUCCCGCCCUCGCCCCACUCCGCCUCACCCUGCAUCACCGACGACGAGCUGAUGGACGAGGCACUCGUGGGAAUGGGCAAAUGAAGGUUACUGAAACUUUA